GCCGAGUGCACCCAAUCCGGCAUCCGAAUACUAAUGCGAAGUCGGUUUACUAAUCUUCCACAUAAUACAAGAAGCCAUGACCCGCAACUCUGAGCUACGCGUCCUCUGGUUUACUCAAAGAUUAGGAGAGAGGGUUGCUGCCCAGAUCUUGGAUUCGAGCUUGUGCCUGUCCGACAAGCCAUCGCAUUGGACCGACGCUCGUGUACCAUAGGGGAUGGCCUGCUGUUGAGAAUGAGACUGCCGGAUGGGGUGAGGCGGCAGACAAUGUUGCAGCCGAGUGGAACAUCAUGUGCCGUCCAGCCACGGGCAAGAGUUGGGUAUAAGUAUAGGCAGAUUCGCAACGAAGAUGGAGGCAUCAGGACAUUUCCCACACCUUGAAAGCGACCUCUCCGCCUCCUGCAACGGAAAUCUACACAGUACGCCCCUCUGAACUCGGACCCUUCCCCCGCAUCAACACCUUCGUCCCGCAAGUCUCCUCCUGCAACUGCAAGAGAUGUCUCCAAAACUCAUUACUGUCUUCGGGGCCACCGGGGCACAGGGCUCAUCGGUUGUGCGUUCACUGCAGCAAAACAAGAGCAAAUCCUUUGCCGUUCGGGGCAUCACCCGCAAUCCCGCAUCCGAAUCCGCCACGAAACUUGCCAAUCAAGGUGUUGAAGUCGUCAAGGCCGACGGCUGGGACAAGGAGUCUCUGGUGGCAGCUUUCAGGGGAAGUUGGGGAGUUUUUGCAAAUACAAACAGCGACGAUGCUGUCUUUGAAUCGCCGAAUGAAACCCGCACCGAGCUGGAUCUGGGGAAAAUCAUUGUGGAUGCUGCGGCUGCUGCUGGUGUUGAGGUCUUUGUCUAUUCGGGCAUGGCCUCAGCAAGGGAAGCGAGUGGAGGCAAGGUGCCCGUUGACGCGUUUGACCACAAACACGCCAUUGGCGAGUAUGCAAGGUCCAUCGGCGCGUUCAAAGCCGUUGUUAUCGUCAGCGCAGGCUGGUAUUUCGAAAACUUCCUCAUUCAGGACAUUGCUCCACUCUUUGGCGGAUUCCCCUUCACUCCUUCGGAGGAUGGAACCUUUGUCUUUCGAUCGCCAAAGUGGGGCGGCGAGGAAGAUGUGCCCUUCAUCGCAAUGGCGGACGACUACGGUGAUAUUGUCCACGGCAUCUUCCUAGAGCCUGAGAAGUGGGCAUCGGAAUCCACGUUGGUGCAAGGCGUUAGCGACAUCAAGUCACUUGACGAGGUUACCGAAGCAUUCGAGAAAGCAACCGGGAAGAAGAGCCGCUUCGAGGCGAUUCCGAACUGGCAAGAUCUCGAAGUCUAUGGCAUCCGGGCCCUCGAGACGGUGAAGGGCAUGUUCGGCUUCUGUCAGGCAUCUGGGGGCAGGUACUACGGUGUCAAAACGGAACGUGGAACCGCGGCGGAGCUGAAGAAGAAGGCCGCCGUUGCGUGUGGUAAGUCUGGGGAGGAAGCGUCUUUGCUGUCUCUAGAGCAAUAUUUCAAGCGCGAAUUUGGCGGGAAAUGAUUGCCAGUACAGUUCGACAGGGCGGAUGGAUUUGUUGAUUAGUAUUUCUG